AUGGGAUUCGCUGUGGAUCUUGGAGCAUCUGCGAUAGUUCAGGUUAUUAUUGGACUUGCUAUGACUUUUGUGAUUCUUAUAUCUGUAAUGGUUUUGUUCGAGAACCGAAGCAGUUUAAUAGCAAGGAAUAGAUUUGGCAUCUCGAAAACUUCUACUAGAAUCGCUUGGGGGCUUCCUUGUCCUGCUAAAGAAUUCUUCACCGAGCCAACUUUUGUGCUAGCUGGUGAAGAUUUUGGGAAUACCUAUAUGAUUGCCACCGUGAUGUUUAUAUAUUUCAAUUUUUUGACCCAAAUUGUGUUCUUUUUCGUUUGCUGUGUAUACUAUCUAUUUAUAUUCAAGAGCUCCCAAGUGUCCAUCGCCACUCGACGCCUUCAGAUUCAAUCGUUUUUUGGAAUGUUGGGACAAACUCUUAUACCAGUUUUAUGCGAUUCUAUUCCGAUGAUUGUGCAGCUAGAGAGACAGAAACGAGUUGAAUAUGAUCAGUUCAAUAAUAAUUUGAUGGGACUUUCGAUUAUAUUGCAUAAUGGAGCGACUAGUCUCUCAAUUCUUUUGAUUCAUAGUCCUUAUCGGAACUUUUUGAAAUCGUUGGUUGGAGGAGGAGGAGGGAAGAAGGUUAAUGUGAUUAAUGUUUCUGGAGAAAGACGGAUUUGA